GGCCGCCCAGUCUCAGCUGCGCGCGGUUUUCUGUAGACCCGGAAGCGGAUCGUGCGGAGUGAAGGCUGCGCCGCCGAGCCUGAGUUUCGUUCUCUAGAUUGUAUCUGCGCUUCGCAGUACCCCUUCUUCCAUCCCCCGGGUCUGGAGGGGGUCCCUACAGAUCUUAAAAUGACCGCACCGCGCCCUCCACCCCAGAUUAACCUUUAAAGACUCAUGUGGCCGAGGAAGAAGUCCAGAAGGGAAGAAAGAGGAGACAGGGAUGGCUCUUUCUCAAGGAAGGUUGACAUUCAGGGAUGUGGCCAUCGAAUUCUCUCAGGAGGAGUGGAAAUGCCUGGAUCCUGCUCAGAGGGCUUUGUACAGGGAUGUGAUGUUGGAGAACUACAGGAACCUGGUCUCCCUGGAUGUCUCUCCUACACAUAUGAUCAAGGAAUUACCACCAAAAGAGAACAAUAGCACAGGAAAAGUAUUCCAAGCAGUGAUGUUGGAAAGACAUGAAAUCCAUGACAUCAAAGAUUUUUACUUCAGGGAAAUGCAGCAAAAUAUUCAUGACUUUGAGUGUCAGCGUCACAAUGAUGCAAGAAAUUACAGAGAAAUACCUGCAAUUAAAAUUAAAAACAUCACUGGAAGAAGAGAUCAACGUGAUGGAAGGAAUGCAGGAAACAAGCCAGUUGAAAAUCAGCUUGAACUAAACUUUUGGUCACAUCUGGCUGAACUGCAGGGAUUUCAAAUUGAAAGGAAAAUUUAUGAAUGUACUCAAAUUGAGAAGUUUGUCACCAGUGGGUCCUCAGUUUCAUUACUUCAAACAAAUCUUCCUCGUGUCAACACCAGCAUUUCUAAUAUAUAUAGGAAUGAUUUUAUGUGUCCUUCAAUACUCACACAAGACCAGAAAGCAUACAUUAGGGAAAAACAUUACAAAUGUAGUGAUGGUGGCAAGGCCUUUAAUCAGAGGUCCAACCUUACUACACAUCAGAGAAUCCAUACUGGACAUAAGCCACAUAAAUGUGACAUAUGUGGCAAAGGUUUCAGGCGAAUUGCAAACCUAGAAAGUCAUCAUAGAAUUCAUACUGGAGAGAAACCUUACAGAUGUAAUGAGUGUGGCAAGACCUUCAAUCAGACGUUCAACCUUACUACACAUCAGAGAAUCCAUACUGGACAGAAACCAUAUAAAUGUGAUAUAUGUGGCAAAGGUUUCAGGCAAAUUGGAAACCUAGCUAGUCAUCAUAUAAUUCAUACUGAAGAGAAACCUUACAGAUGUAAUGAGUGUGGCAAGACCUUUAAUAGGAUGUUCCACCUUACUAGACAUCAGAGAAUCCAUACUGGACAGAAACCAUAUAAAUGUGAUAUAUGUGGCAAAGGUUUCAGGCAAAUUGCAAACCUAGCAAGUCAUCAUAGAAUUCAUACUGGAGAGAAACCUUACAAAUGUAGUGAUUGUGGCAAGACCUUUAAUUACAGGUCCCACCUUACUAGACAUCAGAGAAUCCAUACUGGACAGAAACCAUAUAAAUGUGAUAUAUGUGGCAAAGAUUUCAGUCAAAAUUCAUACCUUGAAAAUCAUCAGAGAAUUCACACUAGAGAGAAAUCUUACAGAUGUAAUGAGUGUGGCAAGACCUUUAAUAAGAUGAUCAACCUUACUACACAUCAGAGAAUCCAUACUGGACAGAAACCAUAUAAAUGUGAUAUAUGUGGCAAAGGUUUCAGGCAAAUUGCAAACCUAGCAAGUCAUCAUAGAAUUCAUACUGGAGAGAAACCUUACAAAUGUAGUGAUUGUGGCAAGACCUUCAAUAGGAUGUUCCACCUUACUAGACAUCAGAGAAUCCAUACUGGACAGAAACCAUAUAAAUGUGAUAUAUGUGGCAAAAGUUUCAGUCAAAAUUCAUACCUUGAAAAUCAUCAGAGAAUUCACACUGGAGAGAAAUCUUACAAGGGUAAUUAGUGUGGCAAAGCCUUUAGCGUGCACUCAAACCUAACUAAACAUCAGGUCAUCCAUACUGGAGAGAGAUCUUAUAAAUGUAAUGAGUGGGGCAAGGCUUUUUUUUCAGAGUUCAAAAUUGUAAAACAUCAAAGGAUUCAUUCUGGAGAGAAAGAAAACAAAUGUAAUGAAUGUGGUAAGGCAUUUAUUCAAAAUUCAAGUCUGGUGGACCAUCAGAGAAUUCACGCUGGAGAGAAAACUUACAAGUGUAAUGAGUGUGGUAAAACCUUUAUUGGGCAUUCAAGCCUAACUAACCAUCAGGUAAUUCAUACUGGAGAGAAACCUUACAAAUGUAAUGACUGUGGAAAGGCUUAUAUGAAGUGGUCCCACCUGAGACAUCAUGAGAGUAUUCAUACUGGAGAGAAGCCAUACAAAUGUACCGAAUGCAGCAAGGCCUUUAGACAAUGGGCGGACAUCAGGAUUCACCAAAAAAUCCAUGCUGGAGAGAAACCUUACAAAUAUGAUGAGUGUGGGAAAACCUUUACCCAGGCCUCUCACCUCACUAUACAUCAGAUCAUCCAUACUGGAGAGAAACCAUAUGAAUAUGAUAUAUAUGGCAAAGUCUUCAGUCAAAAUUCACAUUUCGAAAGUUAUCGUAGGAUUUGUACUGGAGAGAAGCCUUACAAAUGUGUGUGGCAAGGUCUUCAGUCAAAAUUCACACUUGUAAAUCAUCCGAUAAUUCAUACUGGAGAUAAAUCGUACAGAUGUCAUGAGUGUGGCAAAGCCUUUACUCGAGGCUCACGCUUCAUUAAUCAUCAGAUAGUUCAUACUGGAGAUAACUUUCCAAAUGUACUGAAUGUAGCAAGGCUUUUAAGCAUGGCCCUAAACUCAGGACUCACCAAAUAGAUCAUACUUGUAAAUGCAAUGAAUGUAGCAGUGUUUUAAAGUAGUGCUCACUACUUGUUAGAUAAGAGUAUCUAAUAUAUCUUGGGGCAAAGGCACACAAAUGUAAUGUGUGUGACAAGGAUUUUAUCUGAGGAUCAGAAGUUGGGGAACAGAAUAAUUCAUACUGGGGAGAAACCUUAGAAAUCCAAUGAGCAUGUGAAAAACUUUACCAUGAGUUCAAGUACUACAUGACAUCAGAGAGUUCAUAUUGAAGAGAAACCAUGUAAAUAUAAGGUAUGUGGCAGAG